CCCAAACCUCUUUACUUUUGUUCACUAAAAAAUCAUAAAGAAACUUAUUUUGGUAAAUGCUUGGUAAAAAAAAAAGCUAUUUUUUUCCCCCAAAUCUUAUCACCGGAGAUUUCUAGGGGUUCUAGUUGGAUUCUAUCCUCUGGAUUUCGUAUUUCGGAUUCGCAAAUAUUCGGUUACGUUCCGCUCUUAAAAGCCAUUGAUCGCUAGAGUUAGUAGCUAAGUCGGAUUUCGCCUUUUUGUUGUGGAAUCUGAUAAACCACGAAGAAAGGGAGUUGAAGGUUAUAUUUUGUAUUCUCGCAGAUUGGAACCGUUAUUGUCAUGUAUGUAUCAGACACUAAACAGAUGUUACUUUAUAAAUUGACAGAUCAUUAAACCUCAGUUUCAGAUGAAAAACUCUGAAGUGAAUUGCGGAAGAAUAAUGGGAUUUUUUAUAUCACUUUAAGAUUUUCUAAUGUAAUAUAGGCAUUUUGUUAGAAAGAAGUUUAUCUUUUAAUUACAUGUGAUGAGGAAGAAGAGAAAAGGAAGCGAAACUGAUGCUUGUAAAAGUAAACCCAGCAAAGAAGAAUUGGGACAAACUGGAGAUUCACUGGAAUCAUUGAAUAUUAGGUCCCAUUACUCAUUAGAAGAUUACAGUAGGAUAAGAAAGAGGUGCAAAGAAGAUGCAAGCCCCAAACCUCUUGGCUCGUUUAAAAGUAGGUUUGCAGCUAUUGCUACUGCCCCACCUUGUGGUGCCUCUUUGUCUUUGGUUCCCCCAGGACGAGGACUUAAGAGGAAGAUAGGGUGCAUAGAUGUGAAUACUCAACUGGGUAGGAAGAAUAGGGUUGAAGAUGACUACACUAAGGUUGAUGUAAUCGGGCAUGGAAAAUUUGGGUCUGUAUGGUUGGUGAAGUCUGGGGUUAGUGGCACAGAGUUUGCAUGUAAGACUUUGCGUAAGGGAGAGGAGACUGUUCACAGGGAGGUGGAGAUAAUGCAGCACUUGUCAGGUUAUCCUGGGGUUGUCACAUUGCAUGCAGUCUAUGAGGAAGCAGAGUGUUUCCAUCUUGUGAUGGAGCUGUGCUCUGGGGGGCGGUUGAUAGACCAGAUGCUGGAGAUUCAGUAUUCUGAACAACGUGCUGCUAGUAUAUUCAAGGAUGUAAUGUUGGUUAUUAAGUAUUGUCAUGAUAUGGGAGUUGUGCAUAGAGAUAUAAAGCCAGAAAAUAUUCUUCUCUCCAACUCGGGGAAAAUAAAGCUUGCAGAUUUUGGCCUGGCAAUGAGAAUUUCAAAUGGUCAGUCUUUGUCUGGUUUGGCUGGAAGUCCGGCUUAUAUCGCUCCUGAAGUUCUGUCUGGCAAUUAUUCUGAAAAGGUUGAUAUAUGGAGUGCUGGUGUCCUCCUACAUGUUCUCUUGGUUUCCGUUCUUCCAUUUAAAGGAGAUUCCUUGGAAGCAGUUUUUGAGGCAAUCAAGAAUGUGAAGCUAGAUUUCCACUCAGGAAUAUGGGAAAAAAUAUCUAAACCUGCACGGGAUCUGAUGGCAAGAAUGCUGACUAGGGAUGUUUCAUCAAGGAUAACAGCUGAUGAAGUUCUAAGGCACCCAUGGAUAUUGUUCUACACAGAGCACACGUUAAGGACAUUAACCUACAAGUCAAAAUUGAAGAACCAAGUGGGAGUAUCAUCCCGGGACCCCCGUCAACUAGCCGUCCUUUCUGGACAACAUUUGGCUAGAACCAAGGCUACCAAGAUAGAUGGUGAACUGCAUGGUGAGGGUUCAGACCUUCACUCAUCAUCUGAAAGUUGGAGCUCUAAAUUAGAGGAGCAAGAUGACUGCAAUAUGGUGGAUGUGCUUGCGGUGGCCAUUUCCAAUGUGAGGAUUUCAGAGCCAAAGAGAAGUCGACUGUGUGGUCCCACCGGCCCAAUUGAGCAGCAGUGUUCAUCUAACAUGACAGCUAACAAUCUAUGUAGAGCAUUUUGAUCCUGCUGAUAAGCUGACAGUCAUAACAUCACUGUUUUUGGAGCUGGGGUCAAACAUUAACCUGUCCAGCACAACAAAUAUCUAGUAACUGUGGUGUUAAUUCUCCGCAAUUUAGUUGACUUGUACUUCUUAGUAGCUAAGUUUUAAUAAUUGUUGACAGAGAAUUCGUGUACAGAAGAUGUAAAUAUAAUGUUUGAUAAUGAUGAUUCUGGCUUGCCGUAGCUUUCACCCUAUGCA